AUGGGCGAGUGGGAGCGGGUGUUCCGGCAGCACCGGCCGCUGCCGCCGCACCCGCAGCGGGGCCGGGCCCGGCCCCCGCCCCGCUCCGCCGCCUUCCGCUGCGUCCUCAAGCACCUGCACGGCGCUGCCCUCUGCCAGGGAGCCGAGUACCAGCUGCGCCUCUCCCUUUUCGAUGCCACCUACCACCACUUCUUUGGGAGGACGUGGAGGAGCAGCUGGAGAGCUGCCAGCCCUGCCCCGCCACGCUCAGCCAGGGCCACCUUCAACGAGGUCGUUUAUUUCCACACCUCCUUGAACCACCCUGGCAUUGCUGCUGUCGUGGAAGUGGUGAUGAGAGCCGGGAAAGGGGGUGGGGACUCUCAGCACCUUUCCUGUGGCUUUGGGAUCAUCCCCCUCUUCCACGGCGGAUCAGAGGUGACAGACCCGGCCACUGAGGACAGAGCGCUGAAGCUGUACCAUGGGACACCACGUGCCCUACUGCACCCACGCUUCCAGGACCCUGUGGAAAAGAACAAAUACAUGACAGUGAUGGAGAAGAGCCACCUGCAGUAUGGCCUGAAGUCCCACCAGCCCCUGGAGGCAAUAUUUCACCUGCUUCCUGAAAACCUGCUGAUAUCUGGGCUGCAGACUGUUCCUGGCUUGCUGCCGGCACGUGGGGACACAAGUGACUGCUUGCAGAAGCCCCGGCUGAUGAAGACGGUCACCUGCUAUCUGGAGCGGCUUUUCAUCCAGUUGUACCCUUCCCUGGAGGAGUUUGAGGAGGAGCUGCUGGAUUUACUGAACAGUGAUCGCUUACUUCAGGGUUGCCUAUAUUCUUCUGGUUGUGAUCAGCACAGAGAGUGCUGCCCAAGGUGUAAAACAUUCCUGUCACAGGCUAACACUGCCCCUGACGGUGAGGAGGUGGCGGUUCGGGAGCGGCGGCUGCACGUCGGCGUCCACAACGGGCUGCGCUUCGUCCAGGCUCCGCAGGUCGCUGUGCUGGUGCCAGGGGCAGAAUUGUCACCAGGUCGCUGCCAGGGCGUGCCCAGCUCUAGAGCCAGGGACGCAGGUCAAGCCCUGGUGCUGAGGAGCCGCAUCCAGCUGAGUGAAAUGGUUCCUCACCCGGCAUUCAGGGUCUGCUUCCAGCUGGAAUAUGUCUUCUGCAGCACGGGGAGAGGUGGUGGCAAGGCCCUGUCUGGCAGCGCCCGCAGCGAGGCGGCCGACAUGCGCUCGGUGCGCUGGGCUGUCUGGAGCCCCGUCCCAGGCACUGGUGACACAGAUGUGAUCCUCCCCCUGCGUGGUGGCGCCCGCCGUGGCCCCUGCCAAACCUUGGUCUACAGGACCCCCCCCAGCUCCUGGCAGGGGAAGCACGUGGAGUCUGGGACUGUCCAAUUCCAUGUUUCCACUGAUUCGGAAGAACAUCUUGUAACUGCUGCAGAGAUCCUAUGUAAAGACAGGGACGAGUCGAAGAAGCCUCCUACGCCAUCGCUGAGAGUGCCAGCCCCACGGCGAACACCAGUCUCCCCACGGGGACCAGGGCUCUCAGUGUCCCAGCUCGUGGCCUCACCACGGAGCACAGGCCAGACUCUGCAAGACACCACACAGGAUGGGGGCAUCACCCACCUGGAGGCCGACCUGGGCUCGCCAGACACGGAGCCCUGUGCCAGUGACCAGCUGCGGGCGCUGCCCUUCACCCCGCUGCAGCUGCCCAUGGCUGCUGUGGGGCUGCAGGCAUGCAGUUCCCAUGUGUCCCUAUCUCGUGCUGCUCUGGCACGCCUGCACGCUGCUGGCUUCCCAGACAUCCUGGACUGCAACCAGGAGCCAGUGGAAAUCUCAGAGCCAGUGGAGCUGGGCAACUUCAACUUGCGGCUGGAGGAAGCUGACCCUCUGCAAGGCAAUGAAAUAGUCCUGCAGUUCCUGGCUUUUGGAAGAGAUGCCCAGGGUGGCGUGGAGGGGCUGUGGCCAAGGACUGUCUUCCUCACCUUCCAGUUCUACCGUUUCCCACCGGUCACCACGCCCCGGCUGCAGCUGGUCAGCAUGGAGGGGGGGCUGGCCACCGAGCUGGCUGUGCCAGCUCAGCUCCUUGUCCGUGUCAACGAGGAUGGGACCCUCACCAAACCACCAGGCUUGCAGCUGAAGUACAUGGUGGAUCCAGCUUUCCUGAGGCCCGGGGAGCAGCGCUGGUUCCUGCGGUACCUGGCUGAGCACAGCCUCCAGAUUGACGUCUGGGAUGGAGACUCCCUGCUCCAUUUUGGGUCUGCUGCCAUUAAACUGGAGCCCCUGCUGCGCCAGGGCCAGCUGGCUGUCAGGACCUACCACGAGCUGGAGGUGGCCACGACGGAGUACGAGCCGGACGGGACGGUGCUGGGCCGGGAGGCGCUGAGGCACGGCGCCCUGCGGCCCCUCGGCGUCCGUGUGGCUGUCAGGGGCCACCUCCACCUCUGCCUGGCCAACAUUGGUCACCCAUGCGAGGAGAUCCCAGGGCAGCUGCCAUCCCAUUCCUGCAUUGUCACUGCACCAGACAGCACUGUCACCGCCCCAGGUGGCAGGGGGUACUCCCUGAGCACUCCCGGUGGCAGGAGGACGGCGUGGGCACGGAGGCUGGUGGAUGUGGACAAUGAGCUGGAGGCCGCGCUGCGCAGUCGCCGGCCAGAAGGCUGGCCAAAGCAGCGUGCCUGGGACCUGCAGGUCAUCGACUCCUACCGGGAUCACAUCAAGGGAGAGAGCAUCUACCAGAUGCUCAGCCAGGCCAUCACAGCCACCCGCACUGUCCACGCUGUGCUGGGGACAGCUGAGUUCUUUGAGUUCGCCCUGAGGAACCCCUACAGCGUCCAGCACACCGUGACCAUCGAGGUCGACCACCCUGAGCUCAGUGUCAUCCUGGACCCCAGGGAGUGGCGCCACUUCAAGGAGCUGACCAAGAGUGUUACACCGGUGGAGGAGGAUAUGUUCCACCUCCGUGAGGACCUCAAGCCUCAGGUCUACCUGCGCCCCAGUGAGACUGUCCACAUCCCCUUCAAGUACCAGACCUUCUCUGCAGACCCUGCUGUGGUUGCAGCACAGGGGCCAGCUGGGCUGGGCACUGGUGCCAAUGACAAAGCUCACUCCUUUGGGAAGAGUGGGGCCAAGCAGACAAAGCUCAUCCAGGUCUCCUUCCAGGUGAGCAGGGGGAAGCCCAUUGCACUCCUACGGGUGAAGGUGGAGCCCCAGCCCCAUGUGGUGGACCAGACCUUUCGCUUCUACCACCCAGAGCUCACCUUCCUGAAGAAAACCAUUCGGCUGCCUGCCUGGCACACCCUCCCUGGCACGCCAGUGGGGGUGCCAGGAGGGCAGCCUGAGAUGUUCGUUCGCUGCAGCGACCCCGACAUCAUUUGUGAAACCAAAUCCUUGGGGCCUGGCGAGCCACAGGACAUCUUUCUCAAAGUAGCUGGAGGACCAAGCCCGCAGAUCAAAAAAUUCUUUGUUGCUAUUUAUACGGACGCCUGGCUGGCAGCACCUGUGCAGAUCUGGCAGUUCUACCUGCACUCUCUGCAGCGCCUGGAUGUCGCCUGCACGGCCGGGCAGCUGACACGCCUCUCCCUGCUGCUGCGCGGCACCGCGGCCCCGCGGAGGGUGCGCGCCUUCACCUCCCACCCCCAGGAGCUGGAGGUGGAUCCCAACGGUGCCUUCCUCCUCCCUGCCAAUGGCAUUCAGGACCUGUACAUCGGUGUGAGGCCACGGCGGGCUGGCAGCAAGUUCAUCUACCUCAACCUGGUGGAUGUGGAGUCCCACCAGCUGGUGUCCUCCUGGCUGCUCUGCCUGUCCUGCAGGCAGCCUCUCAUCUCCAAGGCCUUUGAGAUCUCUCUGCCUGCGGGAGGUGGGAAAGGCUGCAACAAACGCAUCACCUACACCAACCCCUACCCCUCGCCCCGGCUCUACUUCCUGUGCACCAACCGCCCUGACCUGCUGCAGUUCAGAGAGGAUUCCUUCGAGGUGGCUGGAGGGGAGGUGUACACCAUUGGCCUGCGCUUCGCCCCGAGCCAGACUGUGGGAGAGGAGGAGAUCCUGAUCCACAUCAAUGACCACGAGGACAAGAACGAGGAGACCUUUUCCGUGAAGGUCCUGUACCAGUGAGGCCUCCUGCCUGUCACUGCAAAGCUGCAGGUUCCUGUGCCAGCCCACACCACCCUGGGGGUGGCUGUGUCUGUCUGAGGGUGCUCAUGACCCCCAUGGCCUGGCUGUCACCUUGCCAGACAGAGGGGUGUCUCUGUCCGUGGGAUCCCUGGGCAUUGCCAUGGGUGCUGGUGGUGCCACACAGCUCCAUCUGCACAAAUUGAGAUGAGUGGAUGUAUUUGCUACGGCACUUUGUACUGCAGGAUCUGUGUUUUGUUAGGCAUGAUGAUAUUUCAGGCACUUUUAAUCUUUUUUUAACUUCAAAAAGUUUGCAGAUUUGAUUCUGCGGAAUAUUUUUAAAGUAUUUUAUAUUCAGCGGUGAGUUUUGUACACACUAAGGCAGUUUUACGGGUGUUUUUGAUACUUUUUACUCAUCCUUGAUGCAUAAAAAUUGCUGUGCACAACUGUCAGAGUGUGGCAGCAUUUUCUUCCUGAGAAGAUGGAAAUCCUCAGCAUCCCUGUCCUGUGGAGAUGAGUCCUGGAGGUCUCCUGCAUCACCCCCAUCCCCUUCAGCAGCA